UUCCAGCCGAACCCGCAGUUAGACCAUGGCCCAAAGUCUCAUCAUCCCAAAUCCAACUCCAAGAAUGCAGCGCGCAGGGGAAGAGGCAGCAGACUAGCAGUUUCGGCAAAACCCCUAAUCCCAACCUCAGCUCAGCACUUGGACGGCGCACGGCGGUUCAGGCGCUCAGCACUUGGACAGUUGGACGGCGCACGGCGGUUUGCCGGUUUGGACUGCUUCACUGCUUUGUUUCUGGCUUUCUGCAAUUCUGCUCUUGGGUGGUAAACUGGGACUCUGGAGCUGCGGCCUGCGGAACUACCUAACGGCACUUGAAAUCAAAGCAAAUGCUGUAUAUUAUAGGAUUGGGCUUAGGGGAUGAGAAAGACAUCACGUUGAAAGGACUUGAAGCAGUGAAGAAGUGCAACAAAAUUUACAUGGAAGCCUACACUUCUCUUCUCUCUUUUGGCCUCUCUUCCGAUGGCCUUUCUGCUCUGGAAAACAUAUAUGGGAAACCGAUUACCCUCGCUGACCGAGAAGUUGUUGAGGAGAAGGUUGAUGUCAUACUCUUCGAAGCCCAGUCCACUGAUAUUGGUUUCCUUGUAGUUGGAGACCCUUUUGGAGCAACUACCCAUAGUGAUCUUGUUGUAAGAGCAAAAAAGUUGGGGGUGGAUGUAAAGGUUGUGCAUAAUGCAUCGGUGAUGAACGCUGUUGGGGUUUGUGGUUUACAACUGUAUCGAUAUGGUGAGACAAUCUCCAUUCCUUUUUUCACAGAAACUUGGAGGCCUGACAGUUUCUAUGAGAAAAUUCGUGAAAAUCGAAGGCUUGGGUUGCACACUCUCUGCUUACUGGAUAUACGAGUGAAGGAACCUUCGUUGGAAUCUCUGGCUAGGGGUAAAAAGAUUUAUGAACCACCACGGUAUAUGACAAUAAACACUGCCAUUG